CAAUCUGACUCUAUUUUCUAUUCGUCAUUUCCGAAUCAAUUUAGUCUACUUUUGAAUCAUUCCGUUAAACCACACGCUAUGCGUUUAUUUCGGGUUAUGUUGUAACGUGUUCUGUUACAUACAGUUUUGAACACGAUUUUUGGCUUUUGAACGGCGCUGUCACGCCCAGUAGUGAGCCGUUCAGAAAAAAAACGAUUCGUUCGUCACUCGAGCGCUCGGUAACAAUCGUGCUUGUCCGGAAAGCUAGUUUGAGACGAGCUGUCGGCGAGGUAGUAAAUCAGUGGUAUGCGAAAGUGUCUAAUGAUUUAAGCUACCUUACUUCAUGCCCACAGACGACAGAGGAGUGGAGCAACAACUACACUCAAAUUGACAGAUUUGAGAUGGAAGGAGAUGUGUGUAGCUUCCCCCCAGAGUCGUCAGAUGACCACUCACAAAGAGGAAGUGUAGCUUCUUCUGCUACACUCUCCCACUCUCAAGAUGUGCUCAUAUACCUGUUUGGUGACAGCGUGGUACACUUAUCAGUAGAAGGGCUCGGCAAUGUUACUGUGCAGGAGUUGGGUCGUUCUGUUCGAGAGGCUCUUCAUGUUCCUGAGUGUGCACAGGAUGCCUUUGCCUUCUGGCUGUCUUCUCCCCUCCUUGAGCUGCAGUUAAAGGCAAGGCACCAACCGUACAAGGUGUGUCGCCAGUGGCAAGACUUGCUGUAUCGCUUCACGGAAGCCUCAGAGGAAGACAUUUCACAAGAUGAGCCCUGCCUCCAGUAUCGUCGGAACGUGUUUUAUCCUAAAUUUAAAGAGCUGCAGAUAGAAGAUGAGGGAGUGCUACGACUUUUAUAUGAAGAAGCCAAGCACAAUAUCAUCACUGGACGAUACCCCUGUGACCCUGAACACUGGGCCUCUCUUGGAGGCUUAUCUCUUGCUCUUGAUGAGGGGACAGGCCUGGAAAGGCAGAAAUUGACCUCUGCUAUACGAGAGAAGAAGCUGUCUUCUUUCCUACCGGCACAUGUGGCCAUGGCGAGUGGAGGUUUGUUCUCCACGCUGAGAGGGAAGUCAAGCCGUCAGGCAGGGUUGGAGCAAAGUCUCUUGGAAGAGUACAGAAAGAUCAACAUAUCUGGAGAAUGUCAGCAAGACUCAGAGCUUAUACAUCAGUACCUGAGAACAUGUCACUCUCUUCCUUAUUAUGGGUGUGCUUUUUUUGAUGGGGAGAUUGACAAACCUGCCCAAGGAAUCCUGCAGAGAGUCAAACGCAAAGCUGUCGCAGUCGGUAUCUCGCUGGAGGGAGUUUAUGUGAUGGACGUCAAGGACAAACAUGUGCUUCUCGGCCUGCGCUUCUAUGAGCUUUCCUGGGACCACAGCUCCCCCGAGGAGGAAGGGGACUCGCACAUCUUAUGGCUUGAGUUUGAUGGCGACGAAGAUGGUACUCCAGUUAACAAGUUGCUGAAAAUUUACUCCAAACAAGCAGAGCUCAUGAGUGGCUUCAUCGAGUUUUGCGUGGAGCUUCGGUCAGUGUCUGAGGGAGGAGCUGCAGCAGAAAUAGAUGGUGAUUCAAGUCGGUCACAACAAGCCUCUGGCAAAGAUGACGGUGACAAGCAUGGACGCGGGGGACGGCGAGGGAUGUUGCGCCGGCAGAGCAGCGUGGUGUGCAGCCGGGUCCAUUCGCUUAACACCAUAAACUAUGUUGACAAUGGAAAAGAAAUCAAAUGCUUAAAGCCCAAAAGAGCUGCAUCCUUUUUCACGCGACAGACAUCUGGGCCCAUGUACUCUUCUGUGCAAGUGACAGAGAGCUCAGAGCAGGGUUAAGAUUCUCCACCUGCAGCAAUGCCACCUACUCACAAAGACCAAAACAGACCAUUUAAAAAGACGUUUGACUGGAGAUGGACCCAAAAACACACUAACACUGGACCAAGUGAGAGAUCUUAUGAUGACCAUAUUUAUCUUCUGAUGUAUAUGUUUUGCAUACAUGUUAAUGUGAACACCCAAGUGACUUGAUAAGGAUCACAAGUGCUGACAACAGCCUAACAUACAAAGGAGAAAAGCCUCGUUGAAAUAACUGCUACUGGUGACUAUCGCGUGAACCUUUUUGACUGCUCUGCGGUGCUCGUGAUCAACAUUCAAAAACUUCUCUUCGGUAGAACAGCUGACUUACCUCGAUUUCCUUUGCAACCCUCGAUAACCUGAGUAACUCAUUACCACCACAGCUAUGCCUAUUAUGACCGCUUAUCCUUACAAAUUUCGGGAAACAUCCUUUCAAGUCUCUUGUUUGCUUCGUUUUAAGCUGUCAGUGCCUUGUUCCAGAAGGUCAGCUAGGACACAAAACUAUAGGAAUGAUUCAUUCUUUUUUUUUUUUUUGUGACUAAGGCAGGUCAAUCAAUGUUUGCUGACUUGGGCACUAUGUGAUGCAAUCAACAGCAGGUGACGUUCUCAGAAUGCAAAAGUACAAGUUCACUAAACAUUUAAACAUAACAUUUGCUUGAUCGUGUCUUUUCAUUGCAAAAAAAAUGUAAGAAGCUGAUGGGACUGGGCUUUUACAUGUGCCUUAUGUUAAACUGACCAAGAAAUACUGACUUCAUAGCACAGCAAACAACAAAACCUCACGAAAGGGGCAUCAAACGGAGUAGACAUCAAGUUCCGUCAUUUCGAGGCAACCAACUCCAUAUUUGUACUUUUCUACGCUCGUAUAGGUUUGAUAUGUUGUGUAUCCAACCUGUCACAAUUAAAUGUGUUGUUACUAA